AUGGUAGACAGCAAAAUUUCAAGAGAAAAUGAAUAUAAUUGGGACCUUUUUUCAACUAAAGACAUUUUACUUGUAAUUUCAAUGGUACUAAUGGUAUUUACGUUCACGUUACACGCAAAUUCAUUAGAAACCGAUUCGAUCAAUGAAAUCGAUUGCCCGGACUUCAAUACAUGCAUGACAUGUACGAACAAAUCUUUGUGCAGCUGGUCCGUCGAACUGCAAGUGUGUAUAAACACGAAUCUGCUACAAAAACCACAUGGCAAUCUAACAGUUCAUAACGAGAUGCACUGUCCGCGGUUCACGGUGGUCAACAAAUCGUCCGUAGCCGGCGUGUCUUUUAAGUACACGGUCAAGAUAUCAAACGACGUGAACGGUGCGGUCACGUCGUUCCUCAACAGCAGUACGAUCACGUGUUGCAUCGAGUCCUGCGACUUCCGGGGUUUGGUGGUUGACGACUCAAUCACGUGUGCGGCGAUACGCACACCAUGGUCGUACUUUGCGAACGGCGCGAGAGCUCUGAUCUCCUACAUCUACAUCAUGGUUGGCGACAAAAAACUGCAGUUCAACAAUGACGCCGACCACUACUACACCAUUUACGACCGCGACUGCGCGGCGUCUACGGCCGCAGCUGCUGACCACUGCGCGACGUGCCUGUGGAGCGACAGAGGCUUCAAGCAUUACUUGAAAUGGUGUCCGACAAGCAACCCGUGUACGGGGUCGUAUCAGAUCUACGAUAAACGAGACGCGGACGGUGACAAGAAAUUUCUGUUCGCCGACAACGACGACGACGUGGUGCGCAUAAGGUGCGCCGAGAUCAGCAUCGUGUCAGUGCGGCCGCUUAACGUGCCACGGAAUGGCGGCGGCACCACCACGAUGACGAUAACCGUCCGGAACCACCGGAUGUUGGCCGAGAACAGAACCGUCACGGUGGCCGUGGCCGGACGACUCUGCGAUGACCCGGCGACGUACGACGACCAGACGAUAACUUGCUCCUUGCUGCAGCCGUCGGUCACCACCGCUGUAGCCUCCGCAGGUCCGGCCGAAGUUGUGUACUCGUCUGCGUCGUCGUCGACACGGCCAUCGCAGAAUACGAGGUUCGCUCUCAGAUCUUCAGAAGUGAUCGGUUUCGUCGAUCCCGAGACGACGAGCGUGCGUCCGAUCUGCGGGUCUAUUUCCGGCGGCAUCACGUUGACGGUGCGCGGCCGAUUCCUGGACAUCGGUAACGCCGUACGCGUGUCUAUCGUAUCAAACGUCAACGAAACAGAAGUCGGCGAAACGGUCCUCAUGACAUGUGACACUGUAUCACGCGACAGGCACACGAUCGUCUGCCGGACCGCCGUGGCCACCCCCCACAGCAAUUAUAACUCUUCCAGCCCAUCGUCGGCCCGGGUGAAAGUCCAGUUCGACGGUGGUCCGAUCAAGUACGUCCAAAGUCCCGCCUCGUGGACGUUGUGUAAGAAUGGUGACGCGGCGUUAGAAGCUGGACAGACGUUUAGCGGCAUUGUUUCAGGCGGCACCUCGGUGCCAGUCCACGGCGUCCGUUUUUCCUGCUUGGCAGACGCACACUUUUACGUGCACGACAGGGACGGCACCAAAUACCAGCACACCACCGGCUGCCGAGUGGUGAAUGACACGUUCAUGGAAUGCCGGUCACCGGACAUGCGGCGCUCGUUGUCUGCCGUCGACGUAGCCACAACCGCAGUGUUUCCGGAUUUUGGUGUCCAGGCGUGGGGUUGUGAUGAGGGUCGUCCGUUAGACAUGCCGGUGCGGCAUCCACAGCAGCAACGGUUGUCCGCAACUGCCGUUCGCAGUCCGUUUUCUGUGUACGCCGAUCCCGUUUACGUUGAUUUCGAAAUCCGCGACGGUGCCGUCGUCAUAAGCAGAGGCCAUCCGUCUUCGUCGGCCCAAGGGUACGCGGCCGGCGACGUGGCCGUCCAGUUUCGAAAUUCGACGGGUGGUUGCAACGUCACGUCCUUGUCGCGGCACGAGAUCGUAUGCCAGCCGACCUCCACGACCACGGCCACCGUUCUCGGCCGGCUUCAACGUAUUGUGGUGACCGUGGGUGGCGACGGCGGGUACGUUUGUGAUGUGCAGAAAAAACUCAUCCACCGGGACGCCUGGAGCAGCGGCGGCCGCGGUGGUCGAUCGCUCCUAUUCGCCAGCAUCACUUUCUCCUGUUGCAGUGGUGUCGCUAUAGUUUCGGCUGCGAUGUUACUAUUCGCCGUAGGUGUUGCAUUGUAUCGCAUCAUUACGAAAAAUCGGUACGUAAUAAGUGCAGACACCUGA